CGGGAGGCCUCGGUAAAAUCAUCUCUCUCUCUCUCUCUCGUCUGCGUUGUCGUCUUCGUCCCCCUCCAUCAGCGGGCCGUGGGCAAAAAGAAAGAACUCCUUCAGUGAAAUCAGCUGGUAGGGAUUGCUUCAUGAGAUUAUUUGCCUCUUCCUGUGGACAGGCACUGGUUUUAGGUGGCUUUGUUGUGCUAGAGGAAUAGACUUGCUAUAUAGGACAAGGGGAAAACUAUUACGACUUGGGGAGAAGACUGUGUUUGGUUAUUUAGGAGAACCACCAUGCUGAGGCAGGUAUCCAGUAGGAACCAUAGACGGAAAGGGGAGUUCAGGGCAAAGAAUGCUCUCCAGAUUUGCAUUUUUGUUGCUGUUUGUGUCUGGCUGCUAUACCAGAUGAAUCACUCUCAUGCUCGGAGGAAGGCCUAUGCGGAAAGCUUCGAUGAAGGGCAGUCCGAUAUCACGAGGUUUGGCAGGAAGGACCUCCUCCCUAGCACAGGCAACGCAGAUUCUGUGGUCGAUGCCAAAGUGAAAGAAGAUGCUGAAGUCACAGAACAAGAUACCGAGCAUGAAGAAGGUGCCGAGAACCACAGGACGGAUGGGCGAGAUAAGGUGAGAGCUGAAAACACUACUCGCGAAGUGGGCGCCUUUGACGAUCGAGAACACGAUGAGCGGUCUCGUGAGGCCCGAGAGAAAAGCUUCAAAGGUGAUGACGCGUCCAGUGAAGUGGUCCAUUAUAGUAGCCAAGACAUAAAACACGAAGAACUAACUCAGCAGGCACGAGAAAGAAGCUUCAGAGCUGAUGAUGCUUCUAGUGCUGUUGAUCAUCAUGUCGUUCAAGUUCAGGAACCCGAAUCUGAAGCUGAACUGUUAGAUUCAUUUAAAGGAACUAAUUCGAGUGUCAUUCAUGAGGACAAUUCUACUCUCCCUAACAUUGAGGAUGCUACAACUGCAGAUGUUCUCCAGAAAACAGAACAGACGAAGCUAGACAAGUGGAAUUCUUCGAGUACCACUGGUGAAGCUGAUGAAAACAUGGAAGAGCAAACUGAUCUAGGAAUUGUAGAUCACAUUGACAAUGAAACAAAACCACAGACAUAUGCAGCAAAUGAGUCUGUCAGCCAAAUAGAAUUGGGGGUCAGAUCAAUAGAUUUGCCAAAGAAUCAAAUCAAAGCCCAUGAGAAUCAUACUGCAGUAUCUGAAGAUUGGACAGAAGCUCAAGAAAACCAGACAACAUCGAAUGUAAAUCAAACCAGCUUACAUCCACUUCAAGGUAUAAAUUCUACUGCUAAUUUGCAAACUCCAUGGAAAGAGGACAAGACAGAGAACACAAUAAUGAUACAGAAGUCAAAUAAAACUGCCAGACCAGAAGAAUCAGAAGAGAGCUCUGAAACAACUGCAAUCAAAGAUGAUCACAAGAAGGUCCUGCUCCAACAAUCCAAGGAUUACUUGCAUAGCACGGCCGCAGGGGAAAAAAAAGACAAGCGAGAUGGUCUCUCCAGUUUGAAGGAAAUCCAGAGCAAAGUAGAAGAGAGUGGUAAAGAGGAAGCCGCAGAGUGAUUGUAGGUAAAAGUGAGUUUUAAUUCCAGUGCAAGCAACAUCCAUGUGAUCUUUCAUGGUUUGCUUCAGUAAGGUAUGGGAGCCAAUACUUUUCUCAUUUGCUCAUCCAACUUGUGUGUUUCUUGUGCCAUUCCAAAUGUAUCUAUGUUUUUUGCAUAGAUCAUCUUACCGAAGACAAUCAGGUAUGUUUUAGAUCUGGCCAACUAAAAGUCAUGCCAUGGUUGUCUGUCGUGUCAUAUUUACAGGCAACGAACAGCUAAACCAUGCAAAUCUAUUACCUUUCGUUAGCUGUGAAAUCAUUGUACCAGGAGAUAGUUAUCUGUAAUCAUCCAUGGCAUGUCUUGAGAUCUAUCAACAUCCUGCAUUUAGUGCAGCGAACUUGAUGGAGA